AUGUCUGAUCUGGCUGCCAAGUACCAGGCGCUACAAUCUGAACUAGAGGAUCUUGUCAUUGCGAGACAAAAGCUGGAGACUCAACUCCAAGAGAAUAAGAUUGUGAAUGAAGAGUUCGAUCAAUUGAAGGAAGACACACAGGUUUACAAGCUCACUGGGAACGUUUUGCUACCGGUAGAGCAAGAUGAAGCAAAGGCAAAUGUUGCGAAGAGAUUGGAGUUUAUCAAGGGUGAGAUUACUCGUUGUGAGAAUAAUCUGAAGGCCAAACAGCAAGAACAAGAGAAGCUAAGAACCGAGUUAAUCAAACUGCGCGGCUCCUCAUAA